GUCAAGUGUAUCAUAUCAUUGAUUGAGUAGAGUGUAUUUUGCUGUUCUGACGAUUCUCACACGUCUGUCCUCCAGUGUACAAGGCCAAGGUCCUGAGUGUCAGCCAGAGUCAGUAUGACAGAUAUGAGAUGAAGAUCACACAGGUUAUAAAAAUAGGAGUGGAGGAGGGGGUCAGUGUGGGUGACACUAAGGUCUUCCUGUCCCAUGCUGGCUGUAGAGGAGGUCUGGACCUGAAGGAGGGUACAGACUACCUCAUCAUGGGGCCAAAAACUGACCUCUGGUACAAGGACAGCUCCACCAACAGUGCCACAUACAUGCUGGGCAAGGAUGCCUGGGUAGAGCGUUGGCCCACCUCAACAGAGUGUGCUAGUGAUGCCAGGUGCACAGAGCUGGACAACUUCAGCAAGGACCUCUCAGAGAAGGGAUGUCGGUUUAAAUAGACUCACUCACUCACUCACUCACUCACUCACUCACUCACUCACUCACUCACUCACUCACUCACUCACUCACUCACUCACUCACACUUUGCCUAUGAGCUGCCAUGUAGCUUUACACCUCUGGAUGCACUGGUUCAGCAGAAACUGUCACCAUUUGAGCCAUGCAGUCGACAUAUACUGCUCUGUUGUAUAAUCACCAUGGUAACCAUUAGAGGAAAAUGGACAUUAGAAUUAGAAAGCGUAAAAACAUGACAGACUGGUGUUAAGCCUGGGUGGGUCUAGGAUUGUGUUACUGGGAGCUCAGCGAUUCGGCACAGCCAGGGCUACUUGAUAUGGCAUACAAUCACAACACACACACUCACACGAUGGGAACUCGCUCAGGUGGCACUCGGUGCAGUGGAAUAUUGUCUCACUACUGUGUAGAAUGCAUUAGUGUUCCUGGAUGUUCCACAUAGAGAGAAUAACAUAAUACAGAACACCAGGGAGAUUCUCAGUACAAUAAUAGAAUACAGAACACCAGGGAGAUUCUCAGUACAAUAACAGAAUACAGAACACCAGGGAGAUUCUCUGUACAAUAACAGAAUACAGAACACCAGGGAGAUUCUCAAUACAAUAACAGAAUACAGAACACCAGGGAGAUUCUCAGUACAAUAACAGAAUACAGAACACCAGGGAGAUUCUCAGUACAAUAACAGAAUACAGAACACCAGGGAGAUUCUCAGUACAAUAACAGAAUACAGAACACCAGGGAGAUUCUCAGUACAACAACAGAAUACAGAACACCAGGGAGAUUCUCAGUACAAACCCUGUAUUGAGUUUUGAAUUAUUCACAGCCUUCUCUUUCUCAUACAGUUUGAUUACUUGCCCGUGUUGUAGAUUGCAGUACUUUAUUCCCAUCGUUGCCACAGAUUUGCAAACAUAAUGAUCAACCCAUAUUCUGCUCUAAGAAAAUAAAUGGAUGUGUUGUG